CAGUUUAUGAUAGACCACCUCAUGCGAACAAAACGUCAUUAUCGCAUCGUAAAAGUGAAUAUUAUUGUUAUAAAACCUCUUUAUAUAAUAACAUCUGAAGGAUAACAUUACAAUUAUAAUUCUUGAUAUGAACGUGGCCAUAGCGGCAAUUCCGGUCUUAAUUUAGAUAAAGAUUAUAUUGUGGUAACAGCACAGAUAAAGGAUUUUAUUGUGGGCAAUUCAUAGAAAAGACGUGGUGGCUUAAUAUCGAGGACAUUUCUUUGUUGUUUGUGACACUCAGUGCUUCAGUCGACGCAUCUUCGCAGCAACAUGCCAAAGGAAUUGGUUAAUAGCAAGGGUGGCAGCACGGUUAGCCUCUCUUGGUUUUGUCCUAGUUUGAAAUGCAUGCAACCUCGUUCAAAGACAUCACUCCAUCCGAAGAUCCGCGAAGAAUGCGAGGUCUUUCACCUGACGGAUAAGCAGAUCAGGGAGAUAAUGAGCAGACUACACAACGACCUGCUCAAAGGACUGGGAAAAGACAGCCACGCCACAUCUAUCGUCAAAUGUUGGAUAACAUAUAUACAAGAUUUACCAAAUGGCAAAGAAAGAGGUAAAUUUUUGGCGUUAGAUUUAGGAGGUACAAAUUUUAGAGUGUUAAUUAUAAAUCUUGGAGAGAACCAUUUCGAUAUGCAGUCGAAGAUUUACGCCAUUCCCAGCCACAUAAUGACCGGCACUGGUGUGGCGCUGUUCGAUCAUAUCGCCGAAUGUCUGGCUAAUUUCAUGAAGGAACACAACGUGUACGAGGAACGUCUAGCCCUUGGUUUCACAUUCAGCUUCCCGCUAAAACAGCUGGGUCUCACUAAGGGCAUCCUUCAGCGUUGGACCAAAGGUUUCUCCUGCAGCGGUGUGGUCGGCGAAGAUGUUGUCCAAGGCCUUAAAGACGCCAUAGCGAGACGAGGGGACGUACAGAUCGAUAUAUGCGCUAUCCUCAAUGACACAACUGGCACAUUGAUGUCUUGUGCGUGGAAAAAUCACAACUGCAAAAUAGGACUCAUUGUUGGUACUGGAAGUAACGCGUGCUAUGUAGAGAAGACGGAAAAUUGCGAAUUGUUUGACGGCGAGCCGGGCAAACCAGAUCUUCUUAUUAACACAGAAUGGGGUGCAUUCGGUGACGAUGGAACACUUGACUUCGUACGCACCGAGUUCGACAGAGACGUGGAUGUCAACUCCAUUAACCCAGGAAAACAAAUACAAGAGAAGAUGAUAUCUGGAAUGUACAUGGGCGAGCUGGUCAGAUUGGCGCUGGUGAAGUUCACACGCAUGGGCCUGUUGUUCGGAGGACAAGGCUCAGAUAUGCUGUUCGAGAGAGGCAGCUUCUACACUAAAUAUGUCUCGGAAAUUGAAUCCGACAAGUUGGGAGACUAUACUAGCUGUAUGGAAGUACUCGAAGAACUAGGUCUGUCGCACGCGACGGAAGCGGACAUGGCGGGCGUGCGGCACGUGUGCGAGAGCGUGUCGCGGCGCGCGGCUCACCUCGUGUCCGCCGGCAUCGCCACGCUGCUCAACAAGAUGAAGGAGCCGCGCGUCACUGUCGGCAUCGACGGCUCCGUCUACCGCUUCCACCCGCACUUCCACACGCUCAUGUGCGACAAGAUCGCGCAGCUCGUCAGCCCCGGCAUACACUUCGACUUGAUGUUGUCAGAAGACGGUAGCGGUCGCGGCGCCGCGCUGGUCGCCGCCGUCGCCUGCCGCCAGAGCCUCGGCGUCGCGUAACCUCAUCACUUACCAUCCACCAGCCGCCAUUCAUCACCCGCCACCACCACCAUACCAUACCAGAUCGAACACAUGCCCUAACAUUGUGCCUACGUAGAUUAUAUUUUGUAUAUUUUUAUUGCGAAAUUGCGCGGAAUCACUGGCCUUUUGCGUUCAGAGCCGGAUCUGACGCAUGACACAACUGCCUGAUAUAUAAAUACCAGAUUAUUAAAACGAUGUUAUAUAAGAAUGAUUAUAUUUUGAAGUAUUUUAUGUUCGAGUCUUAUAUGGGUUGUUUUAAUUUUUCCGAACUUUUUUUGUAGCGUAUAUUUUUCGUUAAGUAAUUCUGAAUAUCCUUGUGUUCUGAGUAGUAUUUCAUCAGUGAAAGGUAAAAUGAUCGGCGCAGGCGAGCUACUAGGAGUGAUUUAUCAUAGAUUAAUAGAGAAUUAUUUAUUCGACAAAUUCAUUCUUUAUGAUAUAGAUAUUAAAUGAAAAGAACCAUUUUUCUGUACAACAAUCAUUCAAAUGUGUAAUUUAAAGGCUAAAUUCAAAAUUGUCAGUUGCUAUCGCUUUAGCAACUUGUAAAGGCACUAGAUUGUUU